GCAGACUGUGGCACGGUGGUAGCGAAGGAGGACGACCCUGGACCGGAUAAAACGCUGUUUUACAAAGGUGUGACUGAACAGAUCAUUUGUCCUGAAGGACACGUGUUGCGGAAGGAGCUACCUCAAGUACCAGAAGGAGUGGAGGUGAAAAACCUUCCUUCGGUAGAGGGUACUUAUGGACUGAAAAUGCCAUCGCUUCAUGGUUCUCGAUGCUGUAGUGUGACUUUUCUCCACUUGUCCAGACUUGUUGACAGAACAGACGUAAAAAGGAGUUUUUUGCAUUACCACUACAAGAUCUAGUCGUUAUUUAUCGAUUCGCCUUGUCCGAGUAAGUACAUCAGGACAUUUCUCCUUCUCCCAUCUCCAUGUAUUACGCCUAGACCAACAUCUGGACCUCCCUCCUCUAAUCUCCAACCCCCGGUUUGUUGAUCACUUGCAAGCAACACAUCGCAAACCCUCCCAAGAGUUGGACGGAAGAAACCGGUUUUCAGACCGAUAAGUGGUGCGAACCGACACAGUGUCCUACAGCGGCGAUUGAGAGGGGCAAGAUGACCGAGACAGGCGUCUUCGGCGGUCGAGCCAUGCCUGAGUGUGAUAUUGGUUACGCUGGUAAGC